AUGUCUUUUUUCAGUGCUUUAAGCCCAAAUCAAUAUGAAGAAUUGGCUGAUGAAACUUUAGAUUCAUUAACAGAAUAUUUUGAAGAUUUGCCUGAUAAAAUAAGUUGUGAUUCAGAUUAUGAUGUUAUAUUUGGGAGUGGAGUAUUAACAAUAAAAUUUGGGGAGAAACAUGGGACAUAUGUGAUAAAUAAACAAACACCAAAUCAACAAAUAUGGUUAUCAUCUCCUCUUAGUGGUCCUAAGAGGUAUGAUUAUAUAAAUGGUAGUUGGAUAUAUAAACAUGAUGGUAUAUCAUUACACCACUUGUUAUCAACAGAACUAUCUGAUAUAUUGGGAGAAAAUAUAGACUUAUCCCAUUGUACAUACAGUGGUUCUUGA